AUGGCACAGUCGUUGAAGGUGGCGGUGAUCGGAGCCGGGGUUUCUGGGCUUGCUGUUGCUCGUGAACUUCAAAGAGAAGGCCACCGAGUCGUAGUGUAUGAAACACAAAAUCGACUCGGUGGAACAUGGAUGUAUGACCCCCGAGUCGACACCGAUCCACUCGGACUCGAUCCUAAUAGAGAGAUUGUUCAUAGUAGCAUCUAUUUCUCACUUCGCACCAACUCACCCAGACACCUUACGGGCUUCUCAGACUACCUAUUUACCUCUAAGCAAUAUGGGGAUUCUAGGAAUUUUCCUGGACAUGAAGAAGUGCUAAAGUUUUUGGAUGACUUUGCUAAAGACUUUGGACUCGUUGAGUUGAUACGGUUCAAUACUGAAGUGGUCCGAGUUGAGCGGGUCGACUCGAGGAACGACGAGUGGGUUGUUGAGUCAAGAACGAGUGGACUGAGUACGGAGGACAUAUUUGAGGCAGUGAUGGUUUGCAGUGGUCAUUAUACUGUACCUCGAUUGGCAAAUCUUUCAGGCAUUGAGAAAUGGCCUGGAAAGCAAGUUCAUAGCCACAAUUAUCGUGUUCCUGAACCAUUUCAAGAUCAGAUUGUGGUAGUGAUCGGAAAUGGACCAAGUGGUUAUGAGAUUUCCUUAGAAAUUGCGACAGUGGCCAAAGAAGUUCAUAUUUCGUCAAGAUCCCCGAAUGUUAAAUGUUCAAAGCUGGACAACCACGAAAAUAUGUGGCAGCAUUCCGAGAUUAACAACAUCUAUGAAAAUGGUACAGUAUGUUUUCAAGACGGAGCAGCCAUUUGUGCAGAUAUCAUUAUGCAUUGUACUGGGUACAACUACGAUUUUCCAUUUCUCCAAACGAAUGGAAUUGUAACCGUGGAGGACAAUCGGGUCGGCCCGUUGUACAAGCAUGUCUUCCCCCCACAGCUUGCUCCUAGACUCUGCUUCGUGGGACUUCCUUCCAGGGCAAUAAGGAGGAAUCAAAAUGUGCUUGCCCACACAAUAGCAUCUUUAGCUAGACGACGCCGCCUCCCUCCCAGUUGGCUUAAUGCUGUCCCAGUAUGUAAAAGGACUGUAAUUAAGAGUGAGGAAAGAGAUUGGGUAGGCUGA